CACGGUCGCUAGAUCAUAAGCUAUGUACUAAAAAAUUAGUGCUUUACUUUCGUGGGGUGGCAUAUAUUUUUGGGAAGGUGAAUCAUGAAAGCGGCAAGCGCGCUGGCGCAUCACAUCCUUACGCCUCCACCUUCCUCUUUAUAUCCUCAUCCCUCUGCAAGCCUGCAACCUUACAAUUCGACAACUUCUUCAUUGUUUGUUCAAAUGGGGUCUUCUUCAUCGCCUAGGUCAUUGGGUUGCGCGGCAACUUCCACGGCACUGAAACAUACGAUCUCAGUCCCUUGGGCUUGGGACAGGAACAAAGCACGAACGGUCUCCCACCACUCUUCUCCCGGGUAGAUGAGCUUGCGCUGAUGAUUAUAGCCUAGGACAGAUUUCUAAACCCCGUCUUCUCCGUAGAAUUGUUUAGGAAGUGAUGGGGAUGGGUCGAAUGUACAGGACAAAGGAUAGGCAGCACAUUUAUCGACAAAUC